CCUUCUGACAAAUGCCCCUACGCCUUCCGUCGGCUUGAGCUACCAUACAGACGUCAGUGACUGUAUGCUACCGUGAAGAUGGCGGAGGCUGCGGCGGCACCACAAAACCGUUUUUUCUGUCACUGUUGUAAAGGUGAAAUCGACCCUAAACUCCCGGAAUUCACAUGCCCCAGGUGUGAGUCUGAUUUCAUUGAGGAGGUGACAGAAGACUCCAGUCUCUUGGAGAACAGCAGCACUGCAGAGGCCAAUGAUGAUACAGGCACACUCUUUUCAGAGCUGUGGCAGCUGCUGUUUAUGGAACGCUCUGCUCUCCUCUUGGAUCCCUCCACCUCUGAGUCUGAGUCUGACCAGAGCCAUCUACAGGCUGCCGCAGUGGAGGAAGAAGUAGAGGGCCCUUCUGAAGUGCCUGUGGCCUCUGUGGGAGGCACAGAUCCUUUAGUGCCUGAACCGGAACGCCCCUCUCGUCCGCCUAGCCAGGGGUGGCGACAGUCCCACACGCCAGCAGUGGAGGGUAUUGUGCAGCAGUUUUUGGCUGGUCUGUUUGCCAACAAUGGAAAUCCAGGCAUCGCACCAGCUGCACUGUCUGGCAUGCUCCAUUCAAAUCCAGGGGACUAUGCCUGGGGUCAGGGAGGUCUAGACGCAGUUAUCACAGAGUUGUUAGGUCAGUUUGAGGGCACAGGUCCACCUCCUGCAGAGAAGGAGAUGAUCUCAUCCCUCCCCACAGUCAACGUCUCUCAAGAACAGACAGAUAGCAGACUGGAGUGUCCAGUAUGUAGGGAGGAGUACUCCAUGGGAGAGUCUGUCAAACAGCUGCCCUGCCUCCAUUAUUUCCACAGUGACUGCAUAGUGCCAUGGCUUGAACUGCACGAUACCUGUCCUGUGUGUCGUAAAAGUCUUGACGGCGUCGACCAGAGCAUCCAGCCCCCACCAGAACCCCCAGAGCCCCUCUCCAUCAGGACAGACCCUCAGGAGGAGAGACAGGCUAUUUGAGGAUUAGGCCUCCCUCUCUUCUACCUGUCUGGCAUCUCUUCUUCCCUUUACUCCUGAACGAGGCUCAUCUCUAUCCUCAUGCCUCGUUUUUGACCAUGCGUUUAUUGAAGAGACAUAUUUCAAUUCAACUGUGCCUCAUUGUCAAAAUUCAACUCUCCUCAAAAAUUCACUUCACAAUGCAUUUACUAGGGAACUUUGAUUGACUUUAGAAAGAUCCAAUAUGCCUGCAGUAUCACCUCACCUGCAAAUGGUUCCAACUGUUUUCUGACAAAAUGUUAUGGAUUCGAUUAGUUGAUAAUUUGAGGGCAAAAACCAAAAUGUGCACCCCUUGGGGUCCCCAGGACCGAGUUUGGGAAACCCUGGGGUAUUGGAAUGAAAACACUGAGAAUCUCAAUUGCAUACUCCUCACGUCCUCUCACCUCGCCUCCUUAUCAAACCCAUUGGAGGAGAAGGUCAGAGGGGCGGGACAUCUGGCUUUCUCAUCCAAUGGGUUUUGAGGAGGCGAGGAGAGGACGCGAGGAGUACGCAAUUAAAAUUCUCCCAUCUCCCGCUUCCUCUUAAUCUCACAUAGCAGUAUUUGUUAAUAAUGUCCACCUCUCUUUAUGGCCCCUAUUAAACCCUAAUAAUGUGUUCUUUACACUAUCCACCUCCUUCAUGUUCUAACUUUAUGCACUUUUCUAAUGCAUUAGUAUUUUGCCUCUUUCAAUCAUUCUGUUUUUAAUGUGUACAAGUCACAGCAAAAUAAUAAAUAUGUUUUUAGUAUUUGA